GAUGAAAAGCCUUGGCUAGAGUCAAAGUUGGCAGGAAAGCUUGUGUUGCGCUUAAACUGUGAGACUAAACUCUGCUGUCUUUCUGCUUUCCAGAUUAGUGAAAGGACAGAAUCGUUGAACCGCUCACUGAAGAAGAGUAACAGUAUUAAAAAGAUGCAGCCCAUAACUAACAUAUCAAAGAUUGAUGAACGAUUGGAGCAGUACACCAGUGCCAUUGAGAGCACCACAAAGUCACUCAGACACACGUCGUUGGACAUGCCGAAUCUACCAGAGGAUGUUGCCACCAAGAAGAGCCUGUGGGAAUCAGGCGAUGUUGCAGGUUAUUCAGUUGCCAAAGGGACACCAUGUAAGGAUACUGAUGGGCUGAAAGUGGGUGUCUGUGACCUCAUCAAUCAAUGGGUGAGCAAGAACCCAGAGUCCAAUCCUCGGUCCAGCCCAUCCAAGCCAGCAGUAAGUUAACAUAUCUGCACUGUGACUUCUAAUUGGCUUUACAUUGCAAUGUCAAUCACUAAUCACAAUAUAAUGUUUUGAAGGAGAUGGCUCCCAUUCUGUGCUACCUUUUUGAGUUAACAUGCAUUAUCUUGUGCUUUGUGUUUAUUGUAAACAACUAAAAUUGAUGCUAAAUGUAAAAGAGUUUGCAUCACUGAUAUCUUUUUUUAAUUCAUUCAGGAGAGGCAAGCUUGAUAGGCCAAAUUUAAUGACCAGCAUUUAUUUGCCCAUCUCUAAUUGCUGUUGAGAGGGCAGUGGUGAAAUGCCUUCUUGAACAGCUGCAGUCUAUCUGAUGAAGGUAGACCUACAAUGCUGUUGGGAGGGAGGUCCAGGAUUUUGACCCAGCAAAAUUGAAGGAAAUGCAAUAUAUUUCCAGUUCAGAAUAAUGAAUGGGUUGGAGGAGAAAUUGUAGGUGGUGACAUUCCCAUCUGUCUGCUGUUCUUGUCCUUCUGGAUGGUUGUGAUCAUAGGUUUGAAAGGUACUGUCUGUGGAACCGUGAUAAACUUCUGCUGUGUACCAUGUACACACUGGUGCUACUGUGUGUCAGUAGUGGAGCAAGUGGAUAUGGUACCAAUCAAAUAGGGUGCUUUAUCUCGGAUGAUGUUGUUCUUCUUGAGUGUUGAAGCUGCACUUGUCGAGGCAGGUGGGGUAUUCCAUCACAUUUUUGACUUGUGCCUUUUAGAUAAUAGACAGGAAUCAGGAAAUCAGGAUGUGAGCUUUCCAUGCAGCAUUUCUAGCCUUUGACUUGCUGUUGUAACCAUUCUAUUUAUAGACCGUUUACUGUUCAGUUUCUGUUCGAUGGUGAGCCUGAGGAUGUUGAUAGCUGGGGAUUCACUGAUGGUGAGACCAUUGAAUGUCAAGGUGUAAUGGCUAGUCGUAGGCAUAUACAUCUACAGAGAAAAAGACCCUUCAGCCUGACAAGUUUGGGCUGGUCAAAAACAAUAACUUAACUGGUCCAAUCCUAAUUAUCAGCACGUGGCCAAUAGCCUUUUAUGCCUUGCAAGUGUGCAUCUGUAUACUAUUUAAAUGUUAUAAGGGUUUCUGCCUCUACCACUUUUACAAGCAGUGAAUUCCACAUUCCCAUCACCCUCUGAGUGAAAUAGGUUUUCCUUACAUCCUCUCUAAACCUCCUACCUACCCCCCAAUCAUUGAUCCCUACACCAUUGAAAAGUUCCUCCCUGUCUACCUAUGCUCCUUAUAAUUUGAUACAUCACAAUCAUGUCCUCCCUCUGCCUCCUCUGCUCCAAGAAAAACAACCAGUCUCUCCAACCUUUUUUCAUAACAAAGACUCUCCAGCCCAGGCAAUGCUCUGGUUUUAAAAAAUCACUUCUCAUUUGUUGGAAAUGAAUGUUGUCUGCCACUGUGUGCGGUGCAGAUGUGCAAUGCCACAUGUCAGCCCAAGCCUAGACAUUGUCCAUGUCUUGUGCAUUUGGUCAUGGACUGCUUCAGCAUCUGAGGAGUCACACAUGGUGCUUAACAUGUGCAGUCAUCAGCAAUCAACUGCUUCUGACCUUGUGAUGGAGAGGAGGUCGUCGAAACAGCUGAAGAUAUUUGACUUAGGACAUUGCCCUGAAGAACUCCUGAAGUGAUGUCCUGGAGAGAAGGUGGUUGAUCUCCAACAGCCACAGUCAUUUGUGUUGAGUAGAGCCCCAACCAGCACAGAGUCUUCCCUAUGAUUCCUGUCGGUUCCAUUUUGCUAGGGCCCCUUGGUUCCAUACUUGGUCAAAUGUUGCCUUGAUGUCAACAGCAGCCACUCUCACCUCACCUCUGGAGUUACACUCAUUUAACUAUGUUAGGUCCAAGUUUUUAAUGAGAUCAGGAGCUGGCAGAAUACAAACUGGGCGUUAGUAAGCAGGUUCUCAUAGAUCCAGUCAGCAGCCAAGCCCUUUAGGACUCACCCAGCAAAGUCAGUAAGUGGUGCUGCUGAGCCAUUCUAGCUGGUAGACAUUGACUUUGCCCACCAAGAGUACAUUGUGUGCCGUUGCCACCCUCAGUGCAUCCUUGAAAUAGUGUUCGUCCUGGAGGAGCGCUGGUUCAUCAGCUAAAAGAUGGCAGUAUAUGAUAAUUAAAAAGAGAUUUGCUCACUCAUGUUUGUUUUGAUGCUGUGGGGUCCAGUGUCAAUGUUGCGGACUCUAAGAGCAGCUCCUUCCUGACUGCAUACCCCUGUGCAGCCACAUCUGCUAGGACUGUCCUGCUGGUGGGAAGGCCGUUCUCAUUAAUUAUGGUGGUGUUAUUUGGGAUGUGGUCUGUAUGGUAUGAUUCCAUGAGUAUGACUGUCAGGUUGCUGCUUGAUGAGGAAGGUCUCCUAAAUUUGGCACCAGAUAUUGGUAAGGAGGACUUUUCAGGAUCAACAGGGCAGAGUUUCCUGUCGUUGGUUGACAGUUUCAUUCAUUUUCUGACUUUUUUUAAGCUGUUUGACAAAACUGAGUGGCUUUCAAGGCCGUUUCAGAAAGCAGUUAAGAAUCGACCGCACUGCUGUGGUCUGGAGUCAUAUAUAAGGACAGCAAUUUUCCUUCCUUAAAGGACACAGUGAACCAGAUGGGUUUAUUAAACAAUCACCUUACAGUCAUCAUUAAACUAUUAACUUCAGAUUUUUUAUUUGAAUUAAAAUUUCCCCAUUUGCCUCUAUGUGAUUCGAACCUGGGUCCCCAGAGGAUUGCCUUGUUCUGUGGAAUACUAGUCCAACAACAAUAUCAGUACACCAUCACCACCUGAUUUCAAACAAAAUGAGAUUUUAGUUUGAUUUGUUCCUGUCUGAUGAGGCCAAUUAUAAACAUGGCACAAAUGGUUCAAUAAAAUGAUAGUAUGAA